CAACCGCCUCGGAGAGCGUUCAAUGUGGUUUCCAUUUCAUACAGAAAGUGGUCGACAUAAGGGUGUGCUGAUCACCGUAUUGCCAAAAUGUGCUUGUAUUCACAUACAUAUUUACAUGUGUCGAGGGUUGAGCAGGUUGGUGGUGCACUUCAAGUCGAAUUUGCACAGAUGCGCGAGUGUCAGUCGUUUUGAAUGCAACAAUAUGAGCAGAUGAAAAUCCAACUGAAUGCUUAUAGGGUGGUGGUAAAACUUCGGUUGGACUCACUGCUGCUGGUUACUACUUAAGCAGGAACAGAUUGUUGCGAAGCACCAGUCUGCUGUUGGAUUUCGAAAUUGGCGGGUAGUACCAAGAAAACGGUUCUUAACCAAAGUGAAACAACAAAGUAAAAUAAAUAUGUAAGGAUAGUACAAGUGCAGUGCUAAACUAAAGGUCUAAUAUAUAAAAAAAGAUAAAAACUUUUCAAAGACACUUGAUCGAACAGUGCGUUUAUAGUGUGUGUGUUAAGAAAACCGAUGAACAUGAUCAUGGAAAAUAAUCAUCACCUUAACCAUCAAUACCAACAGGGCACAUCGCCUUUGCCGUCACCACAACGCGCCGAAUUGUGCGUCUCUACGACUCCGCCAAAUGAGUCUUUAAGUCCACUUUCUAGUCACAACAGCAAUAAUAAUGACGUACAAGUUUCUCCUAUUGGCACAAAAACAAACUUGAGUAAUGGAAAGACGACUUUAAAACGUUCCUUCGAUGUUGCUUUUCUUAUGAUGCCCGAUGACCGUAUCAAGCAAAAGCAAAGCGAAAAGCAUGCUCGUCUUGCAGAAUACACGGAACAUCUACAAUAUCCAACAGAUUUAUCCCCACGUACCAAUCAGCAUUCGCCACCACAAAACCACCAGCAACAGCCACAGUUACACUCACAACAGUCACAAAUCAAUCCGAUUGAAACGGUUUUUACGAGUAAUCUACAAGAAGCACGACGCUAUCCACAAAUUACCAUACGUUCACCGCGCGUCUACGAUGACCCCACAUUGGUCAUUCCUGUUGGUAGCGAAUCACCCGAGUGUGUGCCUUUAAAGAGCGCCUUCACCAAAGUCUGUUCAAUGCGCCUCGAGUCACCUGUUCAGCCUGCGCCUCCGCUUAGUCCCGAUCAAUUGAGCUGUUCAUCGAUAAGUCCACCUAUUCCCACAACGCCGCCACGCACAAAUAGUGGAGGAAAUGGAAGUAUUUCUAGUGUAGGCAGUGGCAAUACGGCGCCAUGCCUCAAUCCCAAUAUAAUCUACCAAAAUUUCCGGCCGGAGUACCAGUUUAAUGGCACGUUUCAGUCUGUCAAUCACAUACAGAUGCUGCAGGCACAGCGUCUCAAGCAGCAAUUGCUUUAUCGAACCCCACUGAAUCCCUCUGCAGCGGCCGCACUAGCCGCAAGCAAUCCUCCAGGACCACCCACAAACGGCAACUCUAAUCCAGAGUUUCUUCACGGCUAUCCCACGUUUCCCUUUCCUAACGCUGGCGCCCAUCCAUUCGCCGCUGUUGCACCGCCGGAGAUGCCACGAAUCGCACAGCAUCCAGCGGCAGCCGCAAUUCUCACAACGCUGAUACCACCAACCUUGGCAUCUACGUUUUCUUUGACUGCUCAAAACGUUUGCGCCAAAUGUAACAUAAGCUUCCGCAUGACGAGUGACCUCGUCUAUCACAUGCGUUCCCAUCACAAGAGUGAAGUGGCUUGCGAUCCAAAUCGGCGUAAGCGUGAGGAGAAGUUGCGCUGUCCCGUCUGUCAGGAGACAUUCCGCGAACGGCAUCACCUCACACGACACAUGACUGCUCACCAAGACAAGGAGAGUGACCAAGUAACCCCAAAUUCUUCUGUGUUAAGUGAAGGCAGAGAAAGGUUGAAUAACUUGGCUAGUAGCGGGAAUGGGCGUCAUCAACCGACGCGCAUUCCGAGUAUAAACAAAUGAUCGAAGCAUUUUUUCGGAUAUUUCUAAUUCUGUUAAACGUCUACCUUAAUUUUGACCGGCUACUCUGGCCCAUUUGUGAUAUUAAUUUAAUUCUGAUUAAAAAGCAAUUAUAUUUGAACUCAUUUAGCUUUGUAGCACAAUUCGAAACUUGUAAAAUAUUUAGAAUGAAAUACCAUAAAUGUUUAAGUAGUUAUAAGAGUGUAUGCUUAAUGAAAUGUAAUGUUGAAAUAUUCGAUGCAAAUAUGUGUAUGCCUCCGAGUUUAAAGAGCUUUCAAAUUCAAUUAUUGUAAUAAAUAUUGUAUUAGGACAUACAUAUAUACAUCCAUAGAUAUAACAUAAUGCACUAAGUGUUAACCAAUAAAUCAUUAGCGAUGUUAAAAAAAAGAAGAAAAGAAUCUGAAUUACAUAUAUUUAUGAUUUUUAGGACUAAAGUUGAACGGAAGCUUUCAAAUCGUAAUUGUUUGAGAAGCCCAAUAAGUUUAUUUUUCAGGUUUCAGAGGUCAGUUGUCAUGUCCUGUCGCGAAGUUCAACCUUUUCAACCUAACCUAGGCAAACGGACAACCAACAGAAACGGGCUUCGCUUUCUCACUUUAGAUGGCCUCCAAACUGAUGUAUGUUGGCUAUAUAGAAGAUAGGAAUUUA